UGUAUGCGGUUAAACCUUUAAACAUUCGGAGACAUAUGAACAAUCCAGAAGGAAAAUUUGUCUUGGAAUCUCCCCCAGUGCGGUCUUCGGAGAGGCUGUUUUAUAUAAUUUUACUAAUAUAUUUUUCAAUUUGUGUCAUCACUUUUAAAUGCCUGAAAACCUCAAGAGCGCUUCCGCUACCUACUACUCCUCUUCCGCCACUUCCACGAAGAUUCAUAGAGCCACCUUUCGAAAAACCGUUUGAGAAAGACCUUUUCAAGGAUGGUUACUCUGUAGACUACCCAGAUGUUCCCAAGAGACCCAAUAUAGCGCAACAAGCUCACGAAAAUGUUAAAAAAGUUCCCCGAAGCUGGGGGCCACUCUCCAACGAAAUAUAUGAAAGCAACUUCUAUGGACAACCUCAACCUAGAGGUAUAAUAGAUACAAAUAGUAUACAGCAAGACUUCGGCGAUGCGUUUAAGAAGAAUUACGUCAAUAACUUUGAGGUUGAAGGUUAUUAUUUAGAUGAAGAUUUGUCAACCGAAGAAGAAGAAAGUAACUUUAUUGAACCAAGUUACCCGGCUGAGCCGACUUUGGUCAACGCGUACUUCGGUAUUGAGCCUCAGUUGAACUACGUUAGUGAUCAGUACCAGUUUCAAACUACCACCUAUUCCACUUAUAGCGGGGACGAUACAACUAGUGCAGACUAUAAUGUUAGUGAAGAAACACACGAAUUGGACAAUGACUCGAGUUGUGAAGAAACUGAUGAAGAUUACAACAACGACACUGAUUUAACACCACCUAUUGUUACCAACUCUGUAGGUACCAAAGGCCCAACGAAAGUUCCUCAAGUAAAAUCCGGAGAACAAUUUCAGCAGGUAUUAAGUGCACUGAACAAAGUGCUCAAUUCAGACUCCGACAUAAAUGACAGUGAAAGCAAACCAAAAAUUCAGAGGCCUACCAAGAAAUUUGUCAGGCCGAUAAUGAACCCCAGCGAAGGAAAAUCAAGAAGUAAACCGAUUGUAAAUGAAGAUCCCAUCAUAGAAAAAACUCCCGCUCCAAAAGAAGUAUUUUCGAGAACUACAACAAUUACAAAAACUACGACUUGGUAUCUUAAUGAGGACAACGAGGUUAUGGUUAUAGAAGAUAUAGACGGUAUGCGCAAUCCUCUGAAAGGAAAAUACACUAAGACAAGUAAAACAACGACUUCGGGUCCUGUUCCAUGCUACUUACAAGGGUUAGAGGACGUGAUAUUUGAGGAAGAAAACGAAAAAAAAAAAAGCAAAACUAUACUGGAUAAAAUGUCGUACUUGAAAGGGAUGAAUCCAACUUCAAUCACGUCAUUUACAACAGCACCGAAUCCAUGGUCUACAGAAGUACAUGAAGAGGUGGUUUUUGAAGAAAUAAUUAAAAUGAAAGACGUGGGAACUCAUGCAGAAUCAAAAACACAUUAUUUAGGCUCCCAACCUUCACCAAUGGAACACAUUGUAGAUUAUUUGCCUAGAAAACAUUCAGUAAUUGAAGAAGAUGUCGAAGAAGUCAAAGAGGUUGAACAAGUUAUUAUAGAAAAGGAGGAGGAAGAAAUAGUUGUUGAAGCCUCCCUAGACUUUCAACCAUAUCAAGUGCCCAUCCCUUCUCCAAAACAAUAUGUGCCUCCUGUACAGUUUCAACCUGUAUACUCUACCACACACCCGCAACAAUCUAUUGAAGCAGAAAGUACAGCCGAAGACAGGAACUACCUAGAAAACCCAUACAUGAAUGAUCUGCUCAGUGGUCAGAUAACCACUCCAAAGCCCCUUUCAACUCCACCUACAAUUGACAAUACCUUCACGCCCCAUCCCACAGUGGGGCCUCAUCCGUCUUUGGACCCAACCCAUCCUCCAACACCGAGCACACAGUCUCCUUACAAUCUUCCACAACCCUUGAGCGGUCAACAUCCUCAGCUUUACGGGAACCAUCCCCAACCUCAAAACUGGGACCAUUCAGGCCAAGCAAACAGAAGAGACAAAUGGGAGCAACAGAACAACUGGGACAACUACCAGGAUCCUCAACACCCACAAGUGAAGAAUGAAGUUCUUCCUUUAAUUCAAGAAGAACCCGUCCGACACCACCCGAGUAGGAUGGAGCAGGAAGGUAAGCGUCAAUUGACUCCCCAAGAAGCAAAGAGGCAAUUGUACCAGAAUAGACAACAAUUCCAGAACCGACAAGGAAGAACUCGAGAUCUAUAAAUUGAAUCUACGUAACUUUGUGUGUAUCAUUUAUAGGAUGCAUUAUAAUGUAAAAAAGUUAA